AUGAGAGACGGUGACCCUCCGCUUCGUCUCCUCUGUCUCCCUAAUACUCCUCUUCAACGUAUCGUUCGAUGCAUGCAACAUAUCGAUCAAUUCGCAUUGUCUCUAGUGUCACAACAAUGCAAAGAUCUCGUUAAAUCGAUAGACCUCAAGUGUCUUGAUGUUUACGUACUUGUGGACUCCGAAAUUACUGUACGGACUCGAAUUACUGAUGAUUGUUGGAUAAAAUGUUCAUUGAAUGAUGUCCAAGUUUCAAUCGAUAAUCCUUCACCUACCGGUGUGAAAUCAAAUGUGUUGACGCUUCACGAUGGAAAAGGGUUUGCGCAUAGUAAGCCAGAAUAUCUAGUAGAAGACUGGCUGAGUCAUAUACUCCAAAUAUUUCAUCAAACAGAAAUCAAUACAAUUCGUUUACUUACACCACUACGAGACGUACAGUCGUUUCGAAAAACAUUCACCAGUUGCUCAACAAUAGUGUUCAAAGCGAGAAGUGAGCGUGAAGCUGUAGACUUAUCGAUGACUUUUUGCCCACUGAAGAAACUGGAAUUUGGUGUCUGUCGUAUUGCAGAACAUAACGAAACCGAUGAAACUUUCCCGAAAAUUUUCAUUCAAAAUCUGGAAGAAAUUGCUGUUCAUUUGAUGUGUGAAUUGACUUUAGAUGAUUUGCUAAUAGCGAACAGCCGGAUAUUUCGAAUUUACUGUCAAACAAUCAUUAAUUUCCCAAAGAUGUUGAAUCGAUUCAUCAAACAUUGGUUGGCUGGAUCCAAUCCAAGAACACGUUACUUUGAAUUUCAGUGUACUGGUUAUCUCUUUCUUAGCAACAAUAACGAGGUGCUCAAAGGAAUAAAACAUGAAAUCGUAUCAAAGAUGGAUCCGACAGCACUUCAAGCUUUUCGGACAUUUGGAGUUGCAAAUGUUAAAUUUCAUGGCGGUUAUAAUAUCUGCAGAAAGGAUGGAACUGUUGCAACUCUCUCCUUUCCGAGGUACAGUCGUUUCGAGAUGCUCGUUUGGCCAUAA